AUGGAUGGGAUGUUGCCUAGCAGGGCAGACUCAGCCCAGCCCAGCCCAAGCCAUCCCGGCGGUACUAUUACCGCCUUGCGUGAGACUAUUGAACAAAUGAGCAUCCGAAUACAGAACAAAACCGCCACGCUGGCCAAGCCAGACUUCACCACGUAUUAG